AUUUUUAUUAAAUUGCAUUUUACGUUGUUUAUCAACUGCAGAGAAAAGGAAAAUUAGAUUUUUCAAUCAUAAAUUUUGUAAAAAUAAACAUAUAAAGUGAUCUUAUCUUUUAAUAAACAACUAUUACACAAAAAGCACAAUUUAACAACGAAAUUCCACAUAAAAAAGCUAAGACAAUAUGGAUAUAAGCGAUAAUGCAUUUGAUCCCCAACAGACUGGUCAGCCACAACAACAGCAGCAACAACAACAAUCCGCAUCACCAGCCGUUUUACAAGGUCAACAAAUGCAAUGUGAUUCCUCCUCAAUUGCUUUCGGGUCUCCUCAACAACAGCAAUUCGACGGCACUACAACGCAUCAUGGUCCAUUAGGAGGACCGAUACCACUACCAGCACCACCACAAAACUACGACAAGGCACGUUCAAAUGCUGCUGACAUUGACUUUGAUUCACUGUUGCUGCAGCAAUUUAGUUGUUUGGGCACACGAGACCAUGAGGAUUUAAUCGAACAAUUUCAUAGCCUAAUGAAUAAUCAAAUGAAUAAGGAUGCGGCUAGAUUCUUUUUAGAAAUGAGCAAUUGGAACCUUCAAACGGCUGUUGGUUGUUAUUUAGACUUUUGCAAUGGACAAACAUUACCAUCAAUGAAAAUUAUACAACAAACACAACCGAAUAAUCAACAGGUGGCAUGGAGUCUGCAAAAUAUUGGCUCAGAGUCAUGGCCAAAUGGUUGUUACUUAAUGUCCAACAGUCAAACACGUCGCAUUGAAGUGCCCACUGUACGACCCGGUGAUACCUGUGAAGUUGUAGCCGAUUUAUGUACUAAUGAACCAGUUGUUUGGCGUUUGUGUACACCGUAUGGUGAAUAUUUUGGCGAUAGUUUAUGUCUCGUAACGCCCGGAUCGUUUAAUUCUCACGAGGAACUUAAUCAACGUUUAGCUCAAUUAGCAGUUACCGAACAAAAUCCCGCCCAAUUUCCUCAAGUUAAUAUUGUGAUAUCGGAGAGAAUGGAAUAAGAUCGAUCGAUCGACGAUCAUCAAUCAAUGUUGUCUAUUUUGGUUUUAUUGGACAUGUUUUUUUGAUUUUGAUUACAUAUCUAUGCUUUCUUUAUUCUUUUCCUUUUAAAAUUGUGUGAUUUGGUGUGAUGGUGUUUCAAAGUGCGAACGAGAGUGUGUUAUCCGAUCAAUGUCGCUUUUUAUACAUAAAUUUUAUUUUACUUUCAUCUUAAUUUUACAGCUUACUACACGUAGAAAAAAAUACAAUAAACAACAAAAACUGUGUAUUUGUAUUUUAAAUAUAUAAAUUUUGUGUCCUGCAUAAUCUUUCAAAGAACAAUAUGUACGACAAACAGUUUAUUUGCGUUUUUCUACAAAUUUUCUCAAAUACUUGUAACUGGGUUAUAAAGUUAUUUUAUUAUUAAAAAAAUGUUUACAAGAAUAUUAUAAAGAAUAUAUAUUACAUUAUAUUAUUUUCAACUAUA